AUGAACGGCACGGAGGGACCAUUCUUUUAUGUCCCUAUGAUAAAUACUACUGGCAUUGUCCGGAGCCCUUAUGAAUACCCGCAGUACUACCUAGUCAACCCAGCAGCCUAUGCUGCCCUGGGUGCCUACAUGUUCCUGCUCAUUCUGCUGGGCUUCCCCAUCAACUUCCUCACUCUGUAUGUCACCCUGGAACACAAGAAGCUGCGAACCCCUCUAAACUACAUCCUGCUGAACCUUGCUGUGGCCAAUCUUUUCAUGGUGUUCGGAGGAUUCACCACAACCAUGUACACCUCUAUGCACGGCUACUUUGUCCUUGGACGCCUUGGCUGCAACCUGGAAGGAUUCUUUGCUACUCUCGGAGGUGAGAUCUCGCUCUGGUCUCUGGUUGUUCUGGCUAUUGAAAGGUGGGUGGUUGUCUGCAAACCCAUCAGCAACUUCCGCUUCGGGGAGAACCAUGCAAUCAUGGGUUUGGCAUUCACCUGGUUGAUGGCCCUUGCUUGUGCUGUUCCUCCUCUGGUCGGCUGGUCCCGUUACAUCCCUGAGGGCAUGCAGUGCUCAUGUGGAGUUGACUACUACACACGCGCAGAGGGUUUCAACAAUGAGUCCUUUGUUAUCUACAUGUUCACCUGCCACUUCCUCAUUCCUAUGGCCGUUGUGUUCUUCUGCUAUGGCCGCCUGCUCUGCGCUGUCAAGGAGGCAGCUGCUGCCCAGCAGGAGUCUGAGACCACCCAGAGGGCAGAGAGGGAAGUCACCAGAAUGGUCGUUAUCAUGGUUAUCGCUUUCCUGGUUUGUUGGUUGCCCUAUGCCGGUGUGGCCUGGUGGAUCUUCACACAUCAAGGCGCUGAUUUCGGACCAGUCUUCAUGACCCUCCCGAGCUUCUUUGCCAAGAGUUCUUCCAUCUACAACCCAAUGAUCUACAUCUGCAUGAACAAGCAGUUCCGCCACUGCAUGAUCACCACCUUGUGCUGUGGGAAAAACCCCUUCGAAGAAGAGGAGGGCGCAUCUACCUCCAAGACCGAGGCCUCAUCUGUCUCCUCAAGCUCUGUGUCCCCUGCAUAA